UACCGUUUCCUGGUUAAAAAAAUACCCAAAGCUACUGCAAAGCAGAAGAUUUAAAACAAAAAACAGUUGCAGAAACCCUAAGGUUAUGGUUGCUGUGCUAUUAUUGUCCAUUGCCAUUAUCUUAGUUAUUUCAGUAUUAAAAGAAACUUGAUAGUCUGCUCUAAACAAUAUUAGCGUGUGCGUGUGCAGAUAAUGCGAUUCUACACAGGACAGGCUGCAGGAUUUUCUGCUUAUUAUCCUUGGCAGCCAGCCAUCCUUGUUUGAACUUGUAGUGCCCAGUCGGCAGGACCUGAAUCUUUGGUGUUUAUGCAAUGCCUGUUAAACUAGUGGUUACAGACUGGCUUGGAUUGGGUAUUUCCUGCAACAGGUUACUCGCACCCACUUGUAAAUAAUGCUGUUCUAGUCUGAUAGUGCUGUUUUGACAGUCGAUCUAAGAAAUUUGGCUGCAGGAUUUUCAGUCUCCAUGGUGUUUUCAAGUGCUUAAACUCCAGGAAGUGCAUCAUGUUUACUCUUCUUGUGCAGUCUGAUUAAGCUGACAGCCUGAGCCUGUGUAGCUGGUGAAUAGUUGCGCAGUGAUUAGAGAGGACUGCUCUUCCAAAGACAUGCGCAGCAGGAACAAACAAAGACACAGUUCCACAAGUAAACCCUCUCCUUUGCCAGCUUUAGCCCCCAGUAACUCUAGAACGUCAGUGGUUCAGAUGAAAUCCAAAACCUGUAUUGGCCAUAACACCUUCAGCAGCAACUCAAAGCCAUUAAGAAUGCCCAAAGACAAUCUACAUACCUCCAUUAAUAAACAGCAGCACACAGGGUUUCCUUCGAGGGAUACACCAUGUGUCCCUGUCCCAGUAGUCAGCCUUAAGAAGAUUCCUAACCUGAAGGCAGGUGGUGCCAAUAUAAAAAUGAAUUCCACCACCACUACCACCUCCACUUCCUCUGCCUCCUCAUCCAUCACAUGGUCUUCAGCUUUGGUUAAAACUGCUUUGACAUCAACAGCAUCAAAGCCAGCCCCAUCAUCACUAGAGAAGACUCUGAAUGGCAAAGGAAUCGUACCCCCUUCAUUGUUAGACAAGAAACACCAAAAUGGCACCAAAAGCAGUUAUAAGCCUAACAGAAGAAUUUCUGAAAGAGAAUUUGAUCCAAACAAGUACUGUGGAGUAUUGAAUCCUGAAACCAAGAAACCGUGUACAAGGUCCCUGACUUGCAAGACUCACUCGCUCAACCACCGACGAGCGGUCCAGGGUCGACAGAAACGGUUUGACAUACUCCUGGCAGAACACAAAGCGCGGCGGACAAGAGAGAAAGAGGCUAUAAAAGACAUAGAACCUCAGGUUGACAGGAAAACGAGCCAAUCUGCACAAUCACAAGCGCAUGUUGCAGGAUCAAUAGGGAACUCUGGUCUUGAGAACAAAAUAGCAUUAUCAACAAAAUCCAGACCCUCUAAUUCAUAUAUUUCUAGGCCAUCCUAUGUAGAUGGCCUCAGCUCUUCAGCUUGUGGUGGGUUGGUCCAUGAGCACAUUGUGUCAGCUGUCGGAGGAGAUGUGGAAAGCAGGCUUUCAAGUGAUGAGGGAGAAACAGACGGUGCUGAAGAGUCACACAGACUAGACUGUCACUACUCCAGGCACCACCCCAGGCCACUGGGAUUUUGCACUUUUGGUACCCGCGCAAUGGGAAGGGGCUACUAUGUAUUUGACAGACGGUGGGACCAGUUCUGCUUUGCACUUAAUUCUAUGGUAGAAAAACAUCUGAAUUCACAAAUGUGGAAGAAGAUUCCACCUGCAGCUGACAGCCCCAUGCCAGCACAUACCACUGCAUCCUUUCCGGUUCUACAGUCCUUCAACAGUGCCAGUGUGGUCUAUCUUUCUUCCUCAGCUGUCCGUUCAAGCAUCACGCCCUCUUAUGUCAUGAACGCCCCUAUAUUGUCACCAACAGUCUUUGUAAACACAUCAGACAGGAAUCCUGGCAUGACAUACACCACAGCCUUUCCCCAGCAGGGUGCAGAUUUCAGCCUCAUGGACCCUCCGUUCAUGUGCCCAGUACCUGCCCCAUCACGCUACAAACCAUCUAGAACUAAAAGCAGCAAAUCCUUGAAAGUCAGCUAUUCCUUGGGUAACAAGAAGAAGAAAUCUGCAAAUGCUUCUACUCCUUCACCUUUGCUAACAACUGCUUUAUCUUUCGCUGGGUCACACAAGAGGAACUGUGUUUCUGCACUGAACUCCUAUCAGAUCUCUUCUUGCAACAGUAGUGUUUCAGUACACAAUAACCACAAUUGGUCAAACCCACUUCGUACCAAAUCUGAGCCCUCAGGACGAACUUCUUUGUCUGGCAGCUCAGCAGACUCUGUCAAGCACAUGAGCAUGGUUGUAAGCAGUAUUGACCCUAAUCUGUCUGUAUCUUCUCUGAUGCACCACUCUGGGGGCCACACUCUGUCAACACACAAUGUGCUGUCUUCAGUCCCCCUUUCCUUCGAGAAAUCGGAAGGAAAAAAGCGAAAGAACUCCAGCAAAUCUAUUAAAACUACCAAAAUGCCUGGUAUAAACAGUGUUCACAGAAAGAGGACUGCAGUCCUUUUGUCUGCAGUGCCUGAAUCUCCAAACAGUUCAGUCCCUUGGCAGGUAAGGAAAGAUCUAAUAUGAUCAUUUCUGUUGUGUGGCAGAGAUGUUUUACAAGGAACUUCUGCACAAUACCACUCAUCCUUGUCCGUAUUUAAACAAGCAGUUAAUGUCACAACCUUUCCAAAAUACAUCAAUUGAUUUCAGGGAACAAAAAAAGCCUACAGAAACCAGAAAAACAAUUUACACUUUCUGUCACAAAACAUUGUGUUUAACAAGAUCCAUUUUAAUGGACUAUCAAACCCAGUUGAGGAACUAUACUGUGGAAGAACAGAUGCCCUGUAUACAAUCCAGAAAUCCAAUCCAAAAUAAUCUUCUAUUUAAUCAAAAGUACCACCUUUGACACUCUUCAGUCUGUUAUACUGUGCAAUUUUAUGAACAAUAUUACCUGACCCUGUCAUUAUUACAGCACACUGUAUAAGCAAUUGUAGGUUAGAUCUGCCUUGAGUUGAAGUAUCUCACUUUAUUAUUAGGUAGCUGAGAGGUAUAGCAGAUGAUUUGGUUGGGUGAAAGCACGGGGUGGGGGUUCUCUAUAAAGGUGGAUCUUGUGAGACGCAUUUCAAAGUGAAGAAAAUGUCGAAAGAAAAUGCUCGACAACACAAUGAUAAAUGAUGUAGUUAAAGUUACUGAUUAGGUAGGAAAAUGGCUUUUGAAACCUCGGACUAAACAUUUUAACAUUAAUAUCAAAUGAAUUAAAAACUUUACAGAUCAAAUAUUUAUUAAAAUCAAUAAUACGCUUAAUUAGAAUGUAGGUUUCAGGAACACACUUCAGGGAUGAUGAUUUUCCAUAUAAAACUUUGUUUUCUAGUUUGCUACUUUCCAAUUCAAUUUUACCAUUAGUCUAAAAUAAAAUAGAACAGUAACACAGUAAAGAAAAGUAUUGAGCACAAGUAAUCACACCCGUACAUUUUAACUUAUUAAAGGUUGAGGGAGAAAAUUGACUUGUAUUCAUCAGCUUCAACACACAUACAAGCGUUUCGCUUUUUUUUUUUUUUUUCAGUAGGUCAUUUUCAACUGCUCCUCUUGUUCAAAACUGCGUGUAGCCUCGGCUUUGGACCAAGAAACUUAAUGUUUUCCACUCCAUCAUUAAAGCAUUUUAUCAAAAACAACAUGUAUUGCAUCUUAUUCAUGAUAGUGAUAUUGAAAUUAAUAGAAGGUGUCAAAACACAUAGGCACUACUCUAUGCAAAGUCAUUUCAGGUCUCUACCAUGCUCCUCACGAGUGAUUGCUUGUCACAACUUACUGAAUAAUUACUGCAAAAGUGGGUCAGAGAUUGAAAAGAUAGGAAAUGAGUGACCUGCUGCUACCAGCAGGAUUCAUCGCAGUAGCCUGAAAGUCUGAUACAUUGACAGAAUUGUAACCACAUUUUCCAUUUUUAUUUGUAGAGCCUAGUUUAGUUUUAUCUGGUAGCAUUUGCAUAUUAAUAUUCAUAGAUGUGUCCACAAACACAGUGGAAGCAACAAUUUACUGUGCUCAAAAUGUGUUGUAAUUUGUAGUGCAUUAUAUUUAUUUAUUUGUUUUCAGCAAAAGGUACAUCACUGAAGAUGUUACUACAAAUGGUCAGAAGUAAUUGCAGACAAACAAGAAUGUGUUUGGGCUGGUUGUGGUUCCUCUUGGAAAGGUGAAUGCUGAAUCUAGUACUUCUGCCAUGAAAACAUUUCAAACCAGCCUCUUGUGUUCACUGGUCAGAGGUCUUUGUUUCACAUUUUAUAACUGCAGCCACUUACUGGUUUCAUUUUAAAAUAGUCUCUUUAGUCUGUUCCUAGACAAUGUAAUCAGUAUUUUGUUUACAGUACUACAUUUUGAAGUGUCCGAACUCUUGAUGCUGUUCCCUGUUUUAGUACUUGACAUAUGUAUGGAUAACAUUUCAAAGCUGAAGAAUCAAUUUUCAGUGAUAGUUACUUUAAAAAUAAGUUAGCAGGUUUACAUCUUUACUGGUGUAGUUGCAGACUUUUUUUCUGAAGUUUAGAUUUUGGUAGCUUCUGUUUCAAAAACUGGUGAGGAUUUAGAAGGAUCUUGCAGCAUGCUUUUAAUAAUACUGUUUGAAUGCCUACCGCAUUGUUAUUUUCUAUAGGUCCAUCAUUAACAUUAAUAUUUGUGCUAUUAAACAAUGAGGACUGGGUAGAUACCAGCACCAGUGCAAAGGAGCUUACCUUAUUCAUUUGUACAGUGUUAAAAGUGUGCUCAUCUGCAGGUUUCUCAAAAGGAACAGGCAGUAUUAGUUUAACAGUUAAGGAAAGACAGUUUGACUGUUGCUUAUUUUAAAGGCUGGAAUUAAAAUAUUUACAGUUCAGAGAAAAAUCUAAACUGUAACAUUUCUAAAAUUAGAUGAUCCCUUUAUGUAAAAUUGUAUAUUGUUAUUUUGUAAUAAUUUAUAUUUUACUUUCCUAAUGUGCUAACUCACAAUUAGUCUGAUAUUGAAACUUUGAAUAAAAUUAUAUUUUUAAUUUUUUUAUUGUACAAUUUUGCAGGCUGAAAAAAAGUGUACAUAUCUAUUAUUUUUGCACAGUUUUAAUUGUAUAUUGAUUUCUGAUUUGUUAAAAAACAAAACAGAAGGCGGUAAGGAAUAUUUUCCCCAGUAAGUACAGAAAGGAAGUCUAAACAUAAUCUAAAUUGUACUUUACAAACAAUAUUGUAUUAGUUUACUAGAAGCUAGAACCAGUUAAGUUAUUCAAUUAUUUUGUAACAAGACGUGAUAAAAACUAAAUAUUCCUAGAAUCUAAAAUAUUUUCACAACAAAGUGAAUUCACGCUACUUUAGUUCAGACUAGCACAAGUAUGCAAGCUGUUUUAAUAUUUAUUCAUCAAUUUCUGAUAGCAACAAUUCAAUUUUUUAUAUUAAUAAUUGUCACAUUCUUGAUAUCCAAAAUAUAAUUCUUGAUAUUACAAUCUUUAAUUUUUGAAGUCAACAAUUCAAAUUUUUGGGAUAAAAAAAUGCAUACUAAUUAGUUGACGUCAAAUGGUCUGGACUUCGUUUUUUGUAAUAUGUACCACAUGCAUCUUUUGCUAAAUGUGAAAACGCUUGUGUGAGCAGUCUGUAGGAAAUGAACUUCUGUUGGAUGAGCCCUAGAACUACAAUCUGCAGAACAAUGAUAACUAUAGCAAAUUUUCAGCUUUGAGAACACCUGUCCCUUAAGACUCCAGGCACUGUUGUCAAGAUGUAUCUCCCUAUCAGCCCUGAUGUACUUAAGGUCUGCCUAGCUCUUCCAAUUCACCAACAAUGAAGCUAAAUCAAGCGAAGUACACACUUUUUAUAUCAAAUAUUCAAAUGGUUGAAAUCAAGAAUUUUGUUUUUGAUAUUAAGAAUUCUAUUUUUGAUAUCAAAAUAAGGUACUGUUUUUGAUCUCAACAAUUCUAUUGUUGAGAUCAAAAAAAUAAUAUAAAAAAUGUUAUUACUGAUAUAAAACAGAAUUGUGGCUAUCUGAUAUUGAGGAUUAAAUGUUCAAAUGACUUGUCAUAAAAAUGCAUACUUAUUACAAAAAAUAUCAAUUUGUAUGGUAUCGCCUCUACCGAUAUUGAAAUGUACUAUAAAAGCACCUUUUAUGUUUUUCAUAUACUGUAUGUCUAAAUCGGUGAUACCAGUACUCAACUCUGGCCCUCGAGAUGUAAUCCA